GGAACGGGAUCAGAGACAAUGGCCGCCGCAGUAACCGACGAUUUUGCCAAGAAGUGUGAGGUGAAGCAUAAUAAGACGCUAGGCAGGUUCUUAGUUGCCCAGUGCAACAUUCGAGCUGGUGAGACCCUGCUGCUGGAGCAGCCCAUCGUGGUAUUGCCCCACAUUGGCGACAGACGCUGCUCCAAGUGCUUCAAGCUCACCACGAGUUUCUGCAAGAAGUGCCGUCUUUUGGCCUUGUGCGCAGAAUGCGCGGAUCAUGAUGAACGCGACUGCCAAAGGCUUGCUGAACUGAAGCUUUCCGAGGAGCAGGUACAGCAGCUGCAGGGAGAAGAUCACACUGCAGUCCAGUCUGCCCUGAAGUGUCUACUGUUAAGGGAGCAUGCAGACACCCUGCCUCUGUACGAGGAAAUGUCUCAAAUGGAAACUCAUCUAGCGGUCAGGCGAGACACUGAUAUCUGGAAGAACUAUCAGGAACAGGCCUAUGCUCCUCUGGAGAAGAGUGGAGUUUUGAAGCAACUGCAAACCGAAGCGAAUGAGGAUCUAGUGCAGGGUCUCCUAGGCAUCCUGGACAUUAAUACUUUCGAAAUACGUGCCCCGGAACCGGGUGGCUCCAUGAGAGGACUUUAUCGGCGAGCGGGACUCUUCGCCCACAGUUGCAUGCCCAAUCUGGUGACCGCCAUUGAUGAUGAGCGUCGGAUUAAGGUAUACUCCAACAGGUUUAUAGCCGCCGGCGAGAUCCUAUACUACUGCUACACCAAUGUGCUCCUAGGCACCGAGGAGCGCCGUCAAAUACUAAAGGAGGGCAAGUGCUUCGACUGCAACUGUCCACGCUGCCAGGAUCCCACCGAACUGGGCACUCACAUGAGCAGUUUCAUUUGCAGUCCUUGCUCCUGUUCCGGGGGCUAUAUAGUCCGCCAGCCGAAGACUGGGACUUGGCAAUGUCUUCUCAAUCCGGACCACACUCUGAAGCCGGAUUUCGUUUCGAAUAUGCUAGAGCGAGCCAAGGAGGAGAUAUUCCAUGCCAAGGAUGAUAUCUAUAGGUUAGAGCUGCUCCUGGCCAAACUGAGCCGAUUACUCCAUGGAAAUCAUUACUUGAUGUUGGACCUGAAGCAGAAUAUAGCCUCAAUACUGCGCCAGAUCCUGCAGAAUAUGGCACACCGCCCAAACAGAAAGGUCUACGAGCGGAAGAUUCGUUUGUGCCAGGAGAUUUUGCUGGUUCUCAAGGUCCUGACUCCCGGUAUCUCCAGAUUGAAUGCUAUAGCUCUCUACGAGCUGGCCAACACACAGGCGGAGCUGGCUAGGAAGCUGUAUAGCGAGCAGGAGAAGAGUGCCCGCGACCUGUGGGAGGAGCUUGAACAAACGGAGGUCAUGACACGAGAGUCCCUACGAAUGCUCCUUUUUGAGCCCAUUGCGACUCCAGAGGGCCAGCUCGCACACAGCAUGCUCCGGGAGCUGAAGGAGCUACAGAACGAUAUAAAAUUGCUCAAGGAACCGAAUGACGAUGUGGUGAACUAA